UUUUCCCACGGGUGAUAAUCAGUAAACACACACACCCACACACACAAAAACACUGCUUUCUGCUUUUGUUCUGGUGUCCCAGCGGUGGUGAGUCUCGAGUGGACCUCAACAACUCUAGAAAGAGAAACUUAUCUUCUCUCUCUCGCUUUCUCUUUCUUCUCUUCUUGCAUUCUUUGGCUGUAGAGUGGAGUGGAAGCAGAAAUUGCAAAGAAUAAGUUAGUUGAAUCGAAUCGAGCAUGAUCCCGAGCAGAAUGCGGUAAUGGGGGACUCUGAUUCAGACAAGCAAAAGGCAAAGGCAAGCAGAGACGAUGAAGAUUGAUGCCAUCCACUGGGACUGGGUGAUGUGGCCAUCAUUCAGCUCCACCAAAUAACCGAACCGAUUGUGAAAUCCAUUAAUAAUUUAGGGCUUUCAGCUCAUCUUUUCAGGUAUGAAAUGCAAAUGGGCAAAAGAAGCAGAACAAUAUUAGAUUCUCCGUUCCUGGGUUUACCUUUUUCAUAUACUUCUAACGGUUGAAACCUUCAAAGCUGCUUUAUUGUAUUUAUCCCGGGAAGGAGAAUAUUGCUCUUUAUCCUAUACCCUUUCCCUUACCCUUACCCUGCCCGUUAUUACCAAAACGUGGCUCCAACUAACUCACAACUUUAUUCUCCAUGAAGCUUCCUAUUCUGCUUCUGCUUCUGCUUCUGCAUCUGUUUCUAUGCCUUCCUCCUCGUGUCAGGGCUCAGCCGGCUACAUCCAGGAGCCGAGCCAAGUCCCUUGACGCAAUUCUCCAAGAAUAUGCUUACAGGGCUUUGGUGAAACCCAAAACAGGUACCAUUUACAAUGCGACUCAACUUCCUUCAAAUUUGAGUGGGAUUAAGGUUGCUGCACUGAGAUUAAGGAGUGGCAGUAUGAGGAGAUACGGAUUUCCAAUGUACAACGAGUUUGAAAUUCCCAAGUGGGUCAUUGAGAAGCCAUAUGUUAAGAGGCUGGUUUUGGUGUACCAAAAUUUGGGUGAUUGGUCCAUCAGGUACUACCCUUUGCCUAAUUAUACUUACCUCGCUCCUGUCCUGGGACUCCUCGCUUAUAACGGUUCCAAUUUGUCAGCAACAAAUUUACUAACGCUCAAUGUCACUGCCUAUGGUGACCCUAUCAAGGUCAUGUUCCACGAUGUUAAAUCUGCUCCUCUAGGUGCCGUUGCAAAAUGUGUUUGCUUUGAUUUGCAGGGUUCCUCCAAUUUCAGCAAUGUAACAGGAGGCAACACAUGUUCUACCUCAACACAGGGUCAUUUCUCCAUAGUGGCUCAGUCCAUUGCUCCUCCUCCACCUGUACUACCGCCAAUUGCUCAAAAGGAGAGCAAUAGCAAGGUAGGGGUUAUUGUGGGGUCUGUCCUGGGUGGACUCGUGUUGUUGGUGUUGUUGUGUUUACUGCUUUUGUGGUUGCUCAAGUACAAACGAAACAAGGAAAUACAGAACAUGGAAAGGGCUGCAGACGCUGGAGAAGCUCUUCAUAUGGCCUCUGUUGGGGACACAAAAGCACCUGCUGCCACUGUCACUCGAACACAACCUACCCUUGAACAUGAAUAUGCCCCCUGACACCCUGUUUCUGCAUAAUCUUCUCCUGCUGUUCCACUCAUGUCUGUAUUCACAAAUUCUUCCAAACACCUUUUUUCGGUGGUGUCCAUUCCCCCUCUCUUGGUUCGUUAAGGUUAUACCGGUGGUAAUAUAAGAUUUUUGUGUAAAUCUGUUUUGUCUUUCUUUAUGAUUCAUUGUGGUGUGAAUGUAGCAGCCCAGAGUGAUUCUAUAUGUAAUGAAUUCAGUUGUUCCAUUGAAAAGCAAUAAAAAUGUAGCUCCUACUUAUGGGAUUAUUUUUACUAUCCUCCCCGAGUUUUAAACCUUUUAACUUGUAUCAACGUUGUCGACACACAAAUGCCUAUUGCCUCCCUCACCAUUUCUCAUCAUCAUGUUUAUUUAUUUAUAUAUUGUAUUUGUACCCCCAUCAUACUAUUGCUCCUUUAAAAG